AUGGCGGCCACCGCAGAUAAAUUCAAGCCUUACAUACCUCUUGCCGGAGGUGCGGAUGACGGCUGGUCUACUGGGGAUCAAGCAACAGCAACCUGCUAUUGUGGUGCUGUUCAACUGUCAUUUCCUACUCAAGGUCCAGGCCUAAUCGAUACAUUCAUUUGCCAUUGCACAGACUGCCGAAAGAUCACAGCAUCGAUGUUCGCAGCCAACUUCAUCGUAGCAGACACACACUUGCAACACCUUAGGGGGCGCGCCAACCUGAAGACAUUCAGCCAGUCGAAGACUAUUGAGUCUGGCAGAUUGAUGACGAAUCAUUUUUGCUCGACUUGCGGUACGCUGAAGUAUCGUGUCGGGGAAGCAUUUCCGGGAUACAGUAUCCUGCGCAUUGGUACCGUAGACGAUUUCAAUUUGCAUCGGACUAUGCUUAAGCCAAGAGUUGAGCGAUACACUAAGGACCGGGUUGGCUGGUUAUGUGCUGCGAAAGGUGUCCAACAGGAUGGUCCAUUUCUGCCGCCGGCUCGAGGGCCGAAAGGGGCUUUGUAA